AACUAGUUGGGGAUGGCGGACAAACCUCCGACGGUGUUUGUGAAGCUUUUCGCCGCCGGCUUUUACGGACUGAGCUCGUUUCUCAUCGUGGUCGUGAACAAGAAUGUGCUGACCCACUACAGGUUCCCGUCGUCAAUAUGCGUGGGUAUUGGGCAAAUGUUGGCCACGGUGCUUGUCCUGUGGGUGGGCAAGGCUGCGAGGGUGAUCAACUUCCCGGACUUAGACGAGAAAGUACCACGCAAGACGUUUCCUCUACCUCUCCUUUAUGUGGGUAAUCAAAUUACGGGUCUGUGUGGAACGAAAAGGCUCAAUUUGCCUAUGUUUACAGUCCUCAGGAGGUUCUCCAUCUUGUUCACAAUGCUGACCGAGGGAUUUCUGCUUAAGAAGAAAUUCUCCAGGUCAGUCCAGCUGACGGUAUUUACAAUGAUCCUCGGGGCCUUCAUAGCUGCAAGCGCCGACAUGUCCUUUGACCUGCAAGGCUACAUCGUCAUCCUCCUCAAUGAUGUGCUCACCGCCGCCAACGGCGCGUACAUGAAGCAGAAAUUAGAUGCAAAGGAGCUGGGCAAAUAUGGCUUGCUGUAUUAUAACGCACUAUUCAUGAUCCUGCCCACUCUGCUGUUUGCUCAAGUGACUGGAGACGUGCAGAAGGUUGUGGCGUAUGACGGCUGGUCAGAUGCGUUCUUCCUCAUACAGCUUUUCCUCUCCUGCAUCAUGGGGUUUGUCCUCAUGUACUCCACAGUGUUGUGUACACUGUACAACUCUGCGUUGACCACCACCAUUGUGGGAUGCAUCAAGAAUGUCCUGGUGACAUACAUUGGCAUGGUGCUCAUCGGGGACUACAUCUUCUCCUGGACUAACUUCAUAGGUUUGAAUAUCAGUAUUGCAGCCAGCCUGGUGUAUUCCUUCAUCACUCUGAGAGAGGAGCAGCCCAUCAAGGCCAGUGAAAGCACCAAAAUGGAAAUCAAGGGCAAGGUUGUUGUAUGACACUGGGUUCUCUUUUACCUCUUUUUUAUAUAUAUAGCGUGUACAGCUUAAGUGUUUCUUUUUUAUUUAUGACAAGAAGUAAAGGCAAGGGAACUGAUGGUUGCCUCCUGUUGCUACUAUGGUUACAAGAUUUUUUUUAAGAGAUGGUAUUGUCUUUAUAUUUGUAUUUUAAUAUUGUUGGUGUUGAAAAGGGAGACAUAUUUGACAUUCCUAGAGAUGUUACAUAACAUACACACAGUCGGCUGUUAUUUUGUGACCUAGCUGUUUACAAGAAUGUAACAUAGGAUGCCUUCAAUGCAUUGACACUGUCAAACGGUGCACUCUUUAAUAGUCUGUUACGUUAUGUUUGCACAUGCACUGUUACACAGCCUCGGCUUUAAGUUUGGGAGACGGUACACUUAGUGCUACAUGAUGUACAGUGUGUGUGGUGGGCUCUCUAUGCAGUAACGGUACACGGUAAAGCUACAGUCGGGGCACUUUUAUCUGAGCAGCCUGCCUCACCAUUUUGUCUACAACCAAAUUCUCAAUGAAUAUCUACAUUCUUAAUAGUCUGCUACAAUUUUUUUUUAUCAAUUUGUGAAUGCUGUAGCAGGAGUUCCCAUGAAUUUGAUUUCAGUGUGGAUUUGUACAAAAAAAGGUUUUAAAUGAGAUGAGCAUGUCAGCACAUUUUGAAUAAAAAGAUGAGCCACUUGCUCUUUUUUCAACUUUGCUGAGCUUGCUUCAUGUUUGAAGUUUAAUUUUUGUCCCCAGAAGGUUUACAGAUCACAAGACAAGUUUUUGCGGCUUUGGCUUUUUACCUUAUAAU